AUGAAUAGUUCGCAAGAAGCGGUUUUUCAACGCUAUUUCUAUCAAGUGUAUGGAAAUGGCACGGUAAGCAAUGGAACGUUAUGCUACCUAUGGAGACAACAAAACUGGCCGAGCAUAACGGAAGAAGGGUCAGUUUUGAAUGGAGUGAAUUGCGAUAGCCCAGUGAAGAAGCUGGCGGGACACGGGGCAGUUGGUAUUGUGUCUGCGUGCCUUGGGUUCCUGUUAAUCCCACUUUUGAUUCUGAACAUUGGAAAAUUCAAUGUAGCAGGGGCGACGAAAGGAUUCCAAAGACGAGCGGAAUUUUGCUGGAUGAUUUUGUUGAUUCUUGUGAUGGCGGUGUCUGGGUUUGCGUACAUUGACGUGGACCGGAGCUUGGUUCAAGGAAUAUCGCUGUGUAUUUUCUCCUUUUGCUUUCACUCAAAUGUACCGAUGUUGGUGCUGGUGUACUGGCACUAUGUGAGUACGUAUGGAUUCAUACGCUGGCGCGAGCGAACGGUGGUAGGAGAAGAAAUGGAUGGAAACGAGCGAAUGCAAAGAAUUGAGAAAAUGGAAUACGGAAUGCCUGUGGUAGUUUACAUACUGGCGAUCAUUGGAUUUUUGCUAGCGGGCUUUCAUUCGUGGGGAAAGCUAGCGCGGGGAGAGGAAGGAGUAGCGACGAAUGCGCGAUUCAAAGCGUCGGCGAUUCUGAAUUUGCUUGGACUUUUAUGCUGUGAAGGAGCAUUUUGCAUGUACCUGAUUGAAUUUGGACGUGACCGGAGAAAACGAUGGAUGAGCGUGAAUGCGGGCGGAUUGAUGGUGCUUAUACGAGAAGUGUAUGGAUGUUUAUCGAGUUGGAAUUACCAUUGGAACGCGAGCAAUCCAAAAGUGAAUCCAGGAAUUGCGUUUGGGCUUGGCUAUCUACCGGAGCUGCUUUUAGGAUUGGUGAUUUGUUUGUAUGGACUAUUGACGCCUGGCAUUGCGCAAGUGGAACGGCUUGCACUACAAGAAGUAGAAGAAGAAAAAGAAAAAGAAGAGCAAGAGCAAGAGCAAGAAAGGAUGGCAGCAACCAGGACGACGCCCGCGAGGGCGUCUACGGGAUUACCACCGCCGCCCUAUCAAGAAGUAUUUGUGAAUGAAGCAGGAAUAGAAGGAGAAAAGGAAGAGCCCAUGGAGGUGAGAAUUGAAAGAAGAUUGUAG